CUCUCCGACGAGUUGGAUUUCUCUCUCUCUCUCUCUCUCUCGCUCUCGCUGUGUAUGACUAGGGCACAAGAAAGAAAGAUUUGGGGAAGAAAGAACGAGAUUCUCCAAUGUCGAUCACCAUCUUCGAAGCCUGCAAAAAGAGAGUAAGAAAGCCGAAGAUCUAUGGAUUUCACACCUUCGCGGAUCCAGGAUGCCCAAUUCAUUUCUCAGGUCCGUUUAGAGAUAACAUAAGAGUGUUCGUUCAAGAAUGUGGAGAGAUCGAGCAAUACCAGGUAGAGGGGAUGCCAACCUGGUGUACUAUGCUUGUCAAUGAGAACAAUGGCGUCGCUCUUCCUCUCUUUACAGUUGAAGAGAGCGUGAAAUACUCGCGUCGCCCUUUCUGCGAUCACUGUCGAUGUGCUGGAUGGAGCCAUCACUUCGUAUCUAAGCGCCGGUACCACUUGAUCAUUCCGAUCGAUGACGAAUGGAAUAGGCCUCUGGAGGGACGUGUUUUCGAUCUUCAAACUCACCUUCUGCAUGGUUUAAUCCACUGUAAUGGAUUUGGGCAUCUUCUCUGCAUAAAUGGACUCGAAGGGGGUUCAAAAUCUCUGUGCGGAAGAGAGAUCAUGGAUCUCUGGGACCGGAUUUGCACGCAACUCCGAACUCGAAAAAUUACUGUGGUGGAUUUGUCGAAAAAGAGAUCCAUGGAUCUCCGAUUGCUUCACGGCGUCGCAUACGGGCACCCCUGGUUUGGGCGGUGGGGUUAUAAAUUCCACCGUGGGAGCUUCGGUGUUGCGGAACACCAAUACAACAGAGCAAUUGAAAUACUAAGCUCUUUGAAUCUCGACCAGAUCCUGUACGAUUUCAACAACACAGCCGAGGAGGAACAACUGAAGGCAAUAAUUCGAACAUUCAGAGACGCAAGCGAAACGAAGUUGAUCACCCUUAGAGAUCUCCUACGAUUCAUGCUCGCCCUUAAAGCCCGAGCUCCGGUUCAGAGGAAAACCAUUUUAUCUACAGCAACCACGAGUUCUUGGAAACCAUCGAUGAAGACGACCAUUAAACGUAGGUCUCCGCCUAAAGAGAAACCAGUGAAGCUAAGAAAGUUCUCCCCUUUCGCCGCCAAUGCGGAGAGCAGGUGGCCUUCGAGGCGAUUAGAGUUUGCAGCUGAAGUAAUAGUCGAAGCACUGAAAGAGAAGAAGGCGACCGACAAGGGCCAAGGUGGGAUGUCUCGGCAGGAGGUGCGUGACGCAGCGAGACUUCAAAUUGGCGAUACGGGUCUCCUCGAUUUCGUCCUAAAAUCUCUGAACAACUUCAUCGUCGGCGAUUACGUCGUCCGUCGUGCUAUUAAUCCGUCAACGAGAGUACUAGAGUACACAAUCGACGAGGUCGUUGACGGAGCUAUCGCAGAGGAAGGAAGUAAAGUAACUCCGGUAGAUCAUGUGGCUUUGGAGAGGGCAACAUUUUAUCCUCCGGUACCGUAUUCGUUGGCGGGAUCGGACGUCUACGCAGAUAUUCUGUUUCUCUACCGGACGAUACUGGAAGGGUAUCCGGAGACGGAGCUGAUGGGGUUGGCGACUCGGAUAGUCUUGGACUGCAAGCAUUUCGUUAAGGAGUGGUAUUGCAAUGACGAGGCGGAUGCGUUGCUUAGGUUUGAAUGUGUAGUGAGUCCGAGUUCGACAGAGAUGGAAUUGUUACUGACUCGUCCAUUACCACCCGGUGAGCUGGUGGUGCUUCAGCCGUACGCGACAGUGGGAGAGCUGAAGACGGCGGUGGAGAUGGCUAUGAGAGAUACGUAUUGUUUGAUGGGAAAGUUUGAGGCCAUGGAGGUGGAGGGUUUGGGGGAGUUGGAAAAUGGGGAAGUGCUCUUUGGCGCAGUGGAGUCGGGUGCGCAGGUUUGGGUAAAGGGGAGUGGGAUUGAGUUGGGGACGGAGCUGCGGUACGAGGGCGGUGCGGACAAUUGGACGGUGGAUUGUAGCUGCGGUGCGAAGGACGAUGACGGGGAGAGAAUGGUAGCCUGCGACAUCUGCGAGGUGUGGCAGCACACGCGGUGCGGUGGCAUUGAGGACAGUGAGGCACCACCUUUGCUGUUCGUAUGCGAAAGGUGCCGCACCAGUCUCAUGCCGCAGAUGAACGGGUAUGACGUUCAGUAUUCUUCAAAUGGUGGCGAAGACUACUUGCUAGAGUGCGCCUAGGGCGAAGAUAUGGAUGUUACUUGCAGGGUUGCACCAAGAAUGUAUGAUUUCUGUUGAUAUAGUGGAGGGUUCAUUUUUUCCCAUAAUUUUUAUGGGAACUUUUUUUUUUUUCUGUGAAAAUAUACCAAUUCAUUCAAUUUCAUUUGUUACAACUGAAAUUUUGAACAUGCAUCUUCAUAAAUAAAAAAUUGCAUUUUCCCCCCUUGUAUGUUAU